AUGGUUCAGAGCAGCACAGCCUUUGAGAGGAGCAAAACAGAUGUGUUCCGAGUGAAAACCCACAAUGUUGGACAAAUAAAGAAAAUAAGGAUUGAGCACGAUAACACCGGACUGAAUGCAGGCUGGUUCCUGGACCGCGUGAUUGUGACCGACAUGAACAGACCUCACCUCCGGUUUUACUUCCCCUGCAACAACUGGCUGAGCAAGGAGGAUGGGGAUGGGCUCUAUGUCAGAGACCUCAUAGGCAGCCUGAAUCCCAUGGAUGUGCCCAAAAUCAACAAAUACGUGGUCCGAGUGUUCACGGGUGAAGUCAGCGGCAGUGGAACAGAUGCGGAUGUCUUCAUUAAUAUCUUCGGUGAGAAAGGAGACACAGGUGUGAGGAAACUGGACAAUGACAAAGACAACUUCGAAAAGGGAGCAGAGGACAAGUUCACACUUGAUGCUCCAAAUUUGGGAAGGUUAAGAAAAAUUAAUAUAGGCCAUAAUAACAAGGGUGGCUCUGCUGGAUGGUUUCUUGCAAAGGUGAUCAUUGAAGACAUUGGCAAUAAAUGCGUGUACCAAUUCCCAGUUGGGCGCUGGUUUGCUUUAGAUGAAGAUGAUGGAAAAAUCCAGAGGGACAUCCUUGUAGGGGGCACUGAAGCCACAGGUAUUGUGUACAACGUUGCUGUAGUGACAGGAGAUAUCAGAGGAGCUGGCACAAACUCCAAGAUCCACGUAAUCCUCCAUGGCUCCAAAGGCUUAAAGAACAGUGGGAAGAUUUUCUUGGAAGGAGGUGAAUUUGAGCGUGCCAGGACAGAUCUCUUUAAUGUGGAGAUAGCAGCUCUUCUCAGCCCUCUCAGCAGGGUCACCAUUGGGCAUGAUAAUUGUGGCGUCAGUUCUGGCUGGUAUUGUGAGAAGGUGGUGGUUUACUGUCCAUUCACUGGUAUUGAGCAAACCUUCCCGUGUGGGAAAUGGCUGGACGAAGAUGAAGGAGAUGGCCUCAUAGAGAGGGAACUCUAUGAAAUGGUCUCCCUGCGCCAGAGAAGACUGAAAAGUAGGUACAAGUGCCCAGUAUCUCCUGUGACACCCCCCCCACACACCAAGUGACAACACCUUGCAUGCCACCCAUUUACCAUGACAUGGGUAGACUUAUGACAAAGUAGAUGUAUAAAUGAACAGGGUCCUGUGAGACUUUUGGCUUCGAACAUCC